CGUUUAUACGAAGGAACGGAAUAACACGUAGCCAAACAGGGUAUAGUAGAAGCUGAUGGGCGAUUCUUUCUCAAGAGCGCAGGAGAAAAACCCUACUUGAACCUCUUUCUCUUGCUCUCUGUCACUGCUCACAAGAAUCCAACUAUGUCGUUGGGAAUCCUUCGAUCUCGCGCGAUUUCAUUCGUAUCGAAGCGAUUCCUCUGCACCAAUACAGCUUCUGCUCCUCUUCCUCCUCCUCCUUCUCCCAAUGCAGCUUCCGCUCCUCUUCCUCCUCCUCCUUCUCCCAGGCGCUGGAAUUUCUUCAAAUACGCCAUCGUCGGUGCUCUUACCGGAGCCACCGGCUUUGCCGGUUACGCUUCUUACGCUUACAGCUUGGAGGAAAUAGAAGAGAAAACGAAGUCCUUCCGUGAGUCUGCCAAACACACUGCUGUUGAUGGAGGCACUGCGCUCGAUAAAUUUCAAGGUUUGCUCUAUUCAACUGCAAUGGCCGUGCCUACUAAAGCAGUGGAGUUUUAUUUGGAUUCAAGAAGGCUUAUUGAAGAACUAGUUCAGAGUUAUACUGAACCAUACACGGACAAGCUACUUCCUGAUUUGCUUCCUCAGGAGCAACAUGUGUUUACUCUUGUUCUUGAUCUGAAUGAAACAUUGAUUCACUACAUUUGGACUCGAGAUACAGGUUGGCAGACUUUCAAAAGACCUGGAGUUGAUGCCUUCUUGGAACAUUUAGCUCAGUUCUAUGAAAUAGUAGUGUACACAGACGAACAGAAUAUGUUUGUUGACCCUGUUAUAGAAAGGCUGGAUACCAAGCAUUGCAUUAGAUAUAGGCUGUCAAGGCCAGCUACUAAGUAUCAAGAUGGGAAACACUUCAGAGAUCUUUCUAAACUAAACAGAAAUCCAGGAAAAGUCCUUUAUUUAAGCGGCCAUGCUCUGGAAAGUUGCCUGCAGCCUGAGAACUGUGUCCCCAUUAAGGCAUGGCAGCAGCAAGAUAUAGAUGACACGGCCCUUUUGGAUUUUAUACCAUUUCUUGAGUUUGUUGCCCGUAGUAGUCCAUCUGANGAGUUAAAUUUCGUUAAAUAA